AUGACGCCCGUGGUGCUGAGCCUGGGGCUGGCCCUGCUCUGCCUGCUGCGUGUGGAGGCUGAGGACCUCGGGGCUGCAGGGCUGGACAAGAGCAAGAUUGCAGGGAAAUGGCACAUCAUUGCUCUUGCCUCCAACUCUGAGAGCUACCUCCGAAAGAAGGAUCAGCUGAAGAUGGCAAUGGCCACCAUCGCGGUCCUGGGGGAGGGCGAUCUGAAGGUCUCUUUUGCCAUUCUCACCCCGGAGGGAUGUAAGAAAUUGGAGUCAAUCUACAAGCCAUCAGGUGUCCCGGGUGAAUACUACAGCUCUGACAGAGGCAAUAAAACGGCGCAGGUGGUGGAUACCGACGGCAGGACGUACGCAGUUAUCUUUGCCUCCAGAGUGAAGGAUGGGAAGACCUUCCACAUGCUGAAGCUCUACAGCAGAACCCGGGAGGCGAGCCCCAAAAUCACUGCGCUGUUCAAGAAGCUUGCAAGGGAGAAGAGCUUCACCGAUGAGAUGAUCAAGAUGCUGCCCAGCCAGGAGGAAUGCAGCCUCGAUGAAGCAUAG